AUGGCAAAAUUUUCUCACAUUUCUGUCUUAAUUGCUAUGAUCGUAUUUGCUCUCCAACCAGCAAAUGUUAACGCAGGGCCUAUUGCCUAUGCAGUAUGUCAAACUGCAUGUAAUGUUGGUUGGGUUUCUUGUUAUGCCUCUGCUGGCUUAGUUGCUGGUACCGUUACUGGUGGUCUUGGUGCUCCCUUCGCCGCAAUCGCUUGUAAUGUUGCCCAAGGUGUUUGUAUGGCAGCAUGUGUUGGUUUGUUAACUGCUCCGACUCCCUAG